CGACAAUAACGAAGACGAAGUGCCAAGAAGCGGAAGCCAUUGUUAUCGUGUCAGCCAGGCCUGCUACAACCGCCUUUCUUUCCCAGCGAGAUGGAUCCCUACUACGCUCCCACUGGGUUCCCGAAUCCCACGGCAGGACUGCCCCCAAUAGAGAAUGCCCCCUACGCUCCCACUGGGUUCCCGAAUCCCACGACAGGACCGACCCCAAUAGAGAUAACGGGUGAUGGAACCGACUACGACGACGAGGUGCUAAGUGGCGGCAGCGUUCGCAGUGGCCAAGGAGACGUCGUCACUCAGGUCGUCUACAGAGUGAACACACCGUCGACCCCAACCGCAACGGGUGGUGGAAACGGCUACGACGACGAAGUGCUAAGUGGUGGCAGCGGCGGCAGUGGUCAAGGAGACGUCGUCACUGAGGUCAUCUACACAGCGAAGACACCGUCGACCACAACCGUUGACGGCCGAUCAUUGGCGGUGUGCACCGUGGUGGAUGGUCCAGAACCUUUGUACUUCCCGGACGACGGCCUCUGCGACUUCGUGUUUUUCGACUCGCUGGGAGUGUCUCCCGAAAACAACGAUUUCGCGGUCGAGCGACAGAGUUCCGCCGUGCAUAGCUUCGUCAAACAGGGACAAGCUGGCCAACGAACACGAUACGGCAUGUCCGUGUCCUUCAGCGAUGCUCACAACUUCAGUGAUGCCUUCCGCACACCCAAGGGUAAGGCGGAUUACGAGAGCUACUGGACAUACAGCGUCUACGACUGGGGCUUUCUCUCCAUCGACGAGCUCCAGGUCGAAGCGAGGCCGUCCGCCGAUAUCAUCUUAGCGUUGACCACCCUCAAGGAGAUGCAAGAAUACGCAGUGUCAAAGAAUGUCCAGCGGCCCUGCACGUUUUUGGGAAUCUACCCGAGGCAGGAGCGAGUCUGCGCCGAAGUUUCGGAUUAUAUCAAGAACAUCUUCACUCCGACUGGUGUUGUUGUCUUGGGGCACCUGUCUUACAGCGACAACACCAGGUCCGAUUGCGUCAUCAUGCCACCUGUGAACUUUGUCGACCCACGCGCUCAGAAACCCGGCAUCGGCUACGGUCACCGCAUGCGCGACGCCAUGAAGGCUGUGGCCUGCCUCUGGAAACACAACGUCCGCACCAGUAUGUUCCUGUCCGUCACCAUGCAAGCGCGUCGGUACAAGCUUAAAAGCGGCAGCCAGGGACAGCCGCAGUUCUACAGCGACUGCGAAACCGACGCCUACGAACAACGCAUCACGGCUCAAGAGAUGUGCGACAACCCGAAUUCUGGGUACAUUACGAACAUAAACCACGACGACAAGUUCCAGUCCGCGAUCGCUUACGACCAUGCUGGUGGUUUCGCCGUAACGUUUGAGGACCGACUGUCCUUACGUGAGAAGAUCUGCCACACCUGGACUCCCGAAGCUAGGGAUAUUAGAUUGAGCCUGGCCGUGUACGACGUCAACUACGACCGAAGGUCCUCAAUGUGCCACUCCAGGUGGAUAAGCGGUCGUUGGACUCGGUUGCGCUUCCUGCUGAUGAUACGCUAUUUCUUCGAACGGGACCGCCCCGUGACCAACAUAUACGAUGCAUGCAGCCGCAUCGCGUGAUUUGCGGUAUGGGCGGCGAGAUGGAAAUAAAGGAUCGAAAAGGUCUCAAGGUAAAGAUCUUAUACCUAAAUAAAUCUUAAAUCAUAAAUAAAGGAUCGAAAAGGUAAAUAUCUUAGGUACCGACCUAAGAAAGGUACGUGGGCAGUACGAUUGCAAAGAUAUGCGCGAAUAAUGCUAUGACACGUUUUCGUGACAUUGUUUUUUCGCGAGCGACAACCUGUGACCGUUUUCUUUAUAAAAGUU